AUGGUUGCUGAUGAAUCAGAAGUUUCAGAACCAUACGUUGCAACUUAUGCAAUAACAUUUUACGAUGUGGAUACUAAGCUUAUGACUCGUCAACAUUAUCAUGUUUUGAAUACGAAGUUGGAUUCUAUAACUCGUCAUGCCGAAACCUUUUCUACUUCUAAUUUUCAAAAUAUGGUGACAGUACAUCAAGGUGUUAUGCAGACCUUGCAAUAUGAAACUGCAAGAAUUUUUGGUGUGGAACAGAAGUUGAAUUCAAAUACAAUUGAGAAAGUUGAUAAAGUUGUUUCGGAUGUUAAGUUGUUAUUUGAUAAAGUUGAGACUGCUCUCAAAGAUGUUCAUGAUAUUGUUGAUAAGAAACUUUCUGAAGCUGUGAAUUCUAUUAAGGAGUUUUACACUCAUUUUACAUAUGAAAACGAAGCAUUUUUAGCUCUCCGUUUUGCUCUAAAUAAGGAUAAUGUUGAUCAUCACACCUCUGUGUCGAAUUCUAUUAUGGAUUUGCAAAUAAAUUACAAGGGUGGAGCCAAGCUAAUGGAUACUAUUGUUGCAAAGACACAAAAGAUUAUGACAACGAAACAAUAG